AUGCCGAAGCGAUGGAAAGUGGAAACAAAUUCCAGCCUUGAUUCAGUCCUGUUGCUGUCAUCUAUAAAUUUACCUGGUGGGGAACUGAGAAGGAGAUCGGUAGAAGAUGAGCUUGCGAUGAGGGACUAUCUGCAGGAAGGGGACCUCAUCAGUGCGGAGGUGCAGUCUGUGUUUUCUGAUGGGGCUGCAUCGCUGCACACCCGGAGUCUGAAAUACGGGAAGCUUGGCCAGGGUGUGCUCGUUCAGGUCUCGCCUUCCCUUGUGAAACGCCAGAAGACUCAUUUCCACGACUUGACCUGUGGUGCAUCUGUGAUCCUCAGCAACAAUGGCUUCAUCUGGAUCUACCCAACUCCAGGGCAGAAGGAUGAAGAGUCAGGGGGCUUUACCACAGACUUAGAGCCAGUUCCCUUGUCUGACCGGGAGGUGAUCUCACGGCUCCGAAACUGCAUUGUGGCUCUCGUUACGCAUAUGUUGAUGCUCUUUGACACCAGCAUCCUGUAUUGCUAUGAAGCGUCCCUUCCUCAUCAGAUCAAGGACAUUCUCAAACCAGAGGUGAUGGAGGAGAUCGUUUUGGAAACGCAACAGAGGCUGCUGGAUCUGGAGGGAUAGGGCACACGGCCAGAAGCAGCCAUUUGAAGUCCCAGCAUGGCAGCUUUUGAUUUUCAGUAUUUUUUUUUUCCAGUGUUCUAGUCCCCAGCAUUCAUUCCACACUUCAGAAACCACCGAAAUUCCUCAUUUUAACUCCUAGGAUACCUCCUGAGCCCUUUUAGUACAGUAGUACUAAAUAGUACUUAAGUACAAUAGCCUUUUGGUGCAGCAGCCUGAAAAAUUGAUGUCUGACCUUUAUGAAGACGCAGAUGCAACUGGGACAUAUCUCAUAGCACUUGUUGCUGUGUCUAGUGCCCCUGA